CACGAUUCUUCCUUUUCACACUGUCCACGCAUUUAGGGAUCCAGGGAAAAGGCGGUUGAGAAUAUUCCGUACAGCUUCUCGUGUGUUUAACAUAGCUUCACAGACUUUUGACAGGAGGAGCAUGUGACCUCGACAGCCGUGCAGAUUAACAUGGACUCUCUGAAGAAGCUCCAGAGGGGGAGGAUGGCUGUGGCGCCGGCAGCCGCCCCGGACGGUGGCUACGCCUGGUUCAUCUUGCUCUCCUGCUUCCUGGUCUUUGGACUGACCUUCGGGGUCAUUAAGUCCUUCGGCGUCUUCUACGUCGAGAUACAGCAAUGCUUUCAAACCACGGCAGCAGGAACAUCAUGGAUCACCUCUAUUGCUGUGGGCACCAUUCACGUUGCAGCUCCUGUAGCCUCUGCUCUGACUGCUCGCUGCAGCCAUCGCUCUGUGGUGAUCACCGGUGGACUGAUUUGCAGCUUAGGACUCAUGAUUGGGUCUUGUGCUAAUAACGUGAUUGAACUCUACUUAACAGUGGGCUUCUUGAAUGGUCUGGGCUACGCUUUGACCUGGACCCCCACAGUGACCAUGCUGGGCUUGUACUUUGAGAGGAGGCGUCCGCUGGCGAACGCCGUGUCCAGCACUGGAGAGUGCAUCCUCACCUUCGUCCUCACACCCCUGUUCCAGCUGCUGAUCGACACCUACACCUGGAGGGGGGCUCUGCUGAUCCUGGGGGCCCUGCAGCUCAACCUGUGCCUGUGUGGGAUGCUACUGAGGCCGCUUAAAGCCACCGCAGAGGGGACUCGUGUGGAUGAGGUCGAAGCAGAAGAGACAGAGGAGCAGAGAAUACCUGAGGAGUCUGAUCUGGGAACAGUCAAGGUGUGUGCUGAAGACCCCGAGGAGAUCACGGAUUCAAAAGACUCAACGACGGCUGGAUUCAGGACCAAAAUCCUGCGCUAUGUAGAUUACACCCUCAUCUCUAAUGCCCAGUUCAUGGUCUACUCAAUGUUUGGGGUGUUUGCUGCUCUGGGUUUCUUUGCCCCAGCGUUGUUCCUGGUCCCUUAUGCUCGCAGUAAAGGAAUCGAGGAAUACCAGGCGGCUGCGCUCAUGUCCAUCUCUGCAGCGCUGGACUUGUUUGGAAGGCUGUUCUUUGGCUGGGUGGCAAACCUGAGACUGGUGGAGACGGUGCAACAGCUGACGGCCACGGUGAUUCUCCUGGGCUCCGUGCUGCUCCUCUGCCCACUGGCCUCCUCCUUCUCCGAGCUGGCCGCCUUCAGCGCGGUUUACGGCCUUGUAUACGGCGCCACGGUCUCCAUCCACAUCACCAUGCUGGCCGAGGUGGUGGGCGUUCACAGGCUCGGCAGCGCUCUGGGGUUCUUCAUGCUCAUACGCAGCAGCGGAGGCCUGCUCGGACCGCCCAUCGCUGGAUACUUCAUUGAUAAGAUGGGGAACUACGGGACGGGCUUCAUCAUGGCCGGAGUGUCUCUCCUCGUCUCUGCCUUGUUCCUGCUCCUCCUCCAUCAGAUGACCCGCAGGGGUCAGAGGUCGACAAGGAAGAAUCACAAUAUGCAAACGGACAAAAUGGGACAAAGCCUCGGAGGCGAAGUCAAAGAUCUGAGGGCAUGAAAUACAAAAUGGAGAAAUAGUUUCGGAUGCUGAUGGAGGUUAAUCUCAAGACCGAGGCAGUGUGGUCAGAGGUCUGAACGUGUCACGUGAAGAAUGAUCUGCAGGAUUGACCGGGUCUUUGGAUCAUCAAGUGUCUGUAGGUGAUGAUGUGAUGGAUUGGUGUGAGCAUCUCUGUUUGUAACACAGACCACAGACAGUGUGUGCGUGCAGGAAACAAUGAGACUGAUAAAACACUCUGCGGUAGAUCUGCCCUGUUUGUUAUCAGUGGUCAAACUGUUGUUGGAAUAGAGGAGCUUUAAUCUGCCCACGUGCCCAUGGGCAGUUUAAAUACCAGGCUGCAACCACGAUACUUGAAACCUUGUCUUUUUCGUUCUUAUUAUGCUUUGCACAUUUUUCCAGUUACUUCAUUUAUUUCUAAUGUAUUGAAUUGUUUCAUUUGUAAAAAUGUAUGUAUUUUUUUAAGAGAUUAAAUGUUUUAACCAGGACACUUUUCCUGUUCAAAUUAUAUAAUAUUUAGAUUAUUAAGUCUUAAAUCACUACUUUCUCCCUCAGUCUUUUUGUAUCAUUUAUUACAGAUGUUUUAUGAAUAGAUGAAUGCUGCGUUACUCAGUGAAAAUGUGACUAUGGCUCCCCCCAGUGAGAGGAUGGUGAUGUUGCAGUUGCAGCUUGCACAGCUGCAGGGGUGAGCUGCAAAAUGUAGAUAAAUACACAAACAUUACAACACAGGGAAAAUCUGAGAGUUCUCAGAUAUCAACUGAAUUAAGUUUCAUCAGUUGUUUUGGUACGAUUACUCAAAACCUAAGAAAAUGUAUGAAGACUGCUCCCUUUAAUUUACAGACUUAUUUUAAUC